AUGACAUCCGAUACUGCGCGUAUCAAAGCCACUCUUGCACAAGAACGACAAUUUCAUCCCGUCGUGGCUGUCGUUGGAGUCGGAUACGUUGGUUCACACCUGGUUGAGGCAUUCGCCAGAGUCUACGAGGUGAUUGCUUUUGAUGUUUCAAAGCAGAGAAUCGAAAAGAUCGCACAGCAAUUCUCAGGAUCAGCGGCGGUUCGAACAACUUCACAUGCCCCUGAUUUGGCUGCCGCGAACGCUAUUCUCAUAUCCGUCCCAACCCCUCUCAACCACGACAAAACCAUCGAUACCACGUUCCUAGAGAUAGCAAUACGAACCAUCGCCCAGCAUGUUCGCCCAGGAGUUACUGUGGUCGUAGAAAGCACAGUAGCGAUAGGCAUGACAAGAGAGCUCCUCAGCUUCCUGGUCGCCACAAAGCACGCUAAAGUGGGCAUGUCUCCAGAGAGAGUGGAUCCAGGGCGCAAAUUUCCCGCGUUCCAGAGUAUCCCAAAGAUCAUCUCCGGCAUAGACUCUCCAUCAUUGGCUGCUGUACAUCAGCUCUAUGGGCGUGUGUUUGACCAUCUGAUUCCGGUGUCUUCGUUGGAGGCGGCAGAAAUGACGAAACUCUACGAGAAUUGUCAGCGCAUGGUAUGUGCGGCGUAUGCCAAUGAGAUGGCCGACGCUUGCGCCUCCCUGGGCAUCGAUGAAUGGGAGGUUAGCAGAGCGGCCGCAUCGAAACCAUUCGGUUACCAACCAUUUUGGCCUGGACCGGGAGUCGGUGGCCCCUGCAUACCUGUGAAUCCUUAUUAUCUCCUGAAGACAUGCAACAUGCCCAUCCUCCAGCACGCAACCGAAACCUCGUGGAGACGGCCUUCUGAGAUUGUUGAUCGGCUGAUGCGAGUGCUUGAGAACAAGCGAGGCACGACUGGGGCUCGAAGGCCUUUGUCAAACUUGAAAAUGCGUGUGCUCGUUGUAGGCGUAGGCUUCAAGAGGGGCCAGAGCAUGCUUCAUAACUCUCCAGGUGUUGCUGCCAUCCAAUUUCUGCUGGGAAAAUACGAUUUGGAUGUCGAGUUCGCAGAUCCUCUUGUCGAUCAAACGGCUCUGGCCUACGUGCCGAAGCUGAACACGUCCGUGGAUUGGAAUAAGAAUAGUCUUGAAGAAUUCGCUGGGAUACUCGUUACCGUGGAUCAGGUAGGCCUCGAUAUGCAUCUUCUUGAUCUGCUUGAAGGUGUAAUUGUGCACAACUACUCACCGAGAUCAUACACGUUGGCAAGCUUGUGAAUCGGGAUUUCGAUUGGGCAGACCCGGCGAUAGCGAUCAAUCGAGCUCGCUCAACAGGUGGUGGAUUGGAUUUGGUCGAUGGAAGCGAUUGCAGCUACCACAGCUUAUUGGCAAUCAGUCGAAUGGGUUGGCAUGAGAUCAUGGUCAGUAGAGUGUUGGUUAAGGCGACAGAAAAUCUCAGUUGAUGAUUAUUGGUACCUGAGGCACGUACCUAUCACAUCAAUGAAUUUCUCGGCAUACUGUACUCACGUCCGUCCCAUAUACAUGUACCUGACCUACCAUUCUCCCAUUGUGGUCGGCGAUGAGGUUUACUUGUAUGUAGUGCUGGCCACGAACAUGUCGCUGCUCAGAUAUUGGCAUCGCCUGAAGACUUCGAACACCCGGACUUAGUUUCUGUUCACCGCGAGUACACUCUUUCCCCUAUCCAAUCCCACUCUCUUCCUCGUCCGCAUCUUC